AUAUUGUCCCUUGCGGCUCCUAUUGGAUUUUUGUCGAUGUUUGAUUGUCGCACUUCAGAAGAAUGGCACUGUUGCCAAAAACAAAAAAAUAACCAGUGUUUUCUUAAUUAUUUUUUUACGUUUCGCAUUUGCCCUUUAUUUGCCUCUAUUUGAGCAUAAUAAUGUGUAAAUAUAUUAAUAUUUGCUUUAUGUCAACUUGUUUUGCACUGAUAUGUACAGAAACGAAGAAAUUUUACACUUGCCAGAAUAUUAAAAAAAAAAUUACCAUUGAAAAGAAAAUACUGAGAUUUGGCAGCCCUGCCUUCCUUUUUCCAUCAAAACCAAAACAAACCGCUGUUAUUUUUGUUUGUGUACGCCUGGUCGAAGAUUUCAUUUCGCAUGAAAACAAAUGUGAGUCUUUAGAAACAUUGUUGUUGCUAUUCGUUUCUAUUAAGUUUUUAAGCUGUGCUUUGCAAUAUUGUGAAAAAGUUAGGUAAGUUCAAUUAUAUAAAACCUCUUGUAUAUAUUUCUGACUGAUAUUUCAUAGCUCCCAGCAUCUACUGCAUGGAUCCCUCCGGUGGCAAAGCUUCCCCAACAGCAUCAAGCGACGGAGAUCAGGAAGAUGACACGCAGGAUGGGUACAUUGUGGAGGCCUUGGAUGGUGACUAUAUCGUUCCGGAAUAUGUGUACGACGACGCCUUGGACGGAGAUGAUUCGAAAACGAACGAUGACAGUGGAAUUGACCCGACAUUGCUCCCAGGUCCCUCAAAUCAAAGCCGAGAAUCCAAAAGAGUCAAGUUGAGUGAAGGUGCGACUAAUUUCAUCUUCAACGGACAGUUUUACAGGUGAAAAUUUGUUGGGGAAACAUCUGGUGCAUUGAUAGCGACGCGAAAGAUUUUGGGGAACACCGUUAAUGAUAUUUUAACUGGCAUAUGGGAAGCAUCAAAGUCUGUUUUGUGCCGAGAGGUGGUUUUCAUUGAAAACAAUGGCGUGCAAGUUCCAACAUGGGCUGAUGAAGAGCCAGUUUUUGAAGACAUGAAUAAGUUCAUCGUUCUGCAGGACCAAAGCCAGAAAAAACGUGUGAACAUUGACAAGGUGAAAAGCAAACUUCUUGCUAGCUGGCGAUCAAAGGAAAUCCGUGUUCACGUGCACGUUUACUCUACUUCAGUUUCCUGCAAGUCGCUAUGGGAAGCUGUCGAGAAGCAGCUAGUACGGCAUCAGAACUCAGACAGGUCAGGUGCGCCUAGUAACCAGGCUGUUACUUUGCUGGCUGAGGAACUUCGACGCAAGCAUGUUAACCAGUUCCAAGGUCAAUCGAGUGCGUGGAGAUUGUGGGCAAACUACAUUCAUGCAGGGCCGGCUCACGAACGCGAACGUAGAACGUCUGAAAUGCCGCCACAACAUCUUCUGAAAUUCUUUCGAAGCGUCCCGAUAUCCGAAGCUGUAACACUAGAGUCUGUUCGAAGUGGACUGUCAGUGGCAAAUACAAUCAAUCAAGGAUUUUCAUCGGAGUUAGAAGCGUUGGAAGAAGAUGCUGACCAGUUACUUUGUUUGGCACAGCGGUUGAAGAAUCGUAUUGCGAAUAUGCGGGCUCGGACAGCAUUGAACUCAAGUCUUGUAGGCGCGAUGAGUUCUGCUGUGAGACCGGAAGAGAAUGAGUUCAGUCGCGCAAUUGCUGAAAAUGUUUCGGAUAUGUUGGAUGUUGAUCACAUGUAA